AUAGUUUUAUAAAUUGUUGUAAGAUCGCGUCUCGUUUAUUAUUUUCAAGGUUCGACCGUGAAAUUUCUUCAGCUUAAAAAAAGAAAAAAGUGCAUUCCAUAAAUGCGCAAUAAAACGAUCACUGACGUCAAAAUAUGCUCCUUUACGAACUUAGAAGAAAACAAUUUCUAUAAAUAUAGAGACACACAAAAGAAAUACUGACGUUCUCACGUUUCUUGUCCGUGUUUUAUAAAUGCUUACACGUAACUUGUAAGCCAUGCGAGAAACACACGAGUAAAAAUCUUUGUCUCUUUAUAAUAUAGAGUGACAAUAUCUAUACGGAUUACUUGCGAAUCGUGGGUACGUUGAAAGCAAAAGCCAAAGAAGAAGCCACAAGAGAAAGAAGAAGAAGAAGAAGAAGACAAAAUGAUACCGUUUAAAUCAUUCGUGUGUUUGCUUUUCUUGUUUGGAAUGUGGACAAUAAAAUGUGAUAGUAAAAAUGAUAUCUCAUUAGUUGACGAGUUAAGACAAGAAUUGCUUGAACAAGAAGUAACAUUGAAAAAAGAAUUGAAUAAUCCAAAAUGGUCUUUAUCUAAAGAUGUUGAUGUAUAUUUAUAUAUUAUUAAAUUUUAUAAACAAUUCUGUGACCACAUUGAACAACUAUUUCCAAAUAAUUCUCCAACUCAUUUGAAUUCUUUGAGUUCUUCAUGGAUUUGGGCAAGAACAGAACAAGAACUAGCAGGCAUAGAUGGAUUAUAUAUGAUAUUUAGGCAAAUGCAACGUGAAAUUGUAGAUCAAAAUUCAAAAAUUCAAACAACACAACUGACAAAUUUUGCAAAUAUUAUUUUAAACGAUCCUAAUGCAUCAAUAUCUAAAGCAUUACAGCGUAUAGCUGAUUAUAUUGUGAAUCAAAAAUUAUUCAUUUCAGCUUAUCAGGAAUCCUCGUCUCAAUUCUGUAGCGAACAACAGUCUCCACAACAAUUAUUAUUCCAUUUGUACAAUACUAUUGCAAUUACAGAGAUUAAAGGAUAUACAAUGAUUCAAUUUUCUUAUAUGCUGUUACGAUUAUAUAUUAGUGGUUCAAAUUUUACUGAAGAAAUGGAAUCAUUAAAGCAACAAUAUGCUGUAAGAACCUCGGAAACAUUAAGGGCAGUAAAAACUGCAAUGGCUUUUGCUCCUCAAGAUUUUUGGAGAUGUGAUCCGUUCAGAUAUGAGCAAGAUAAGACAUAUGUAGAACUAAACCAAUUGUUUCAAGGAUAUAUUGUCAAUGAAGUUGAUUUGAAUGGUGGCUCUACAUGUAGAGAGAACUGUGCUUAUUAUGUAUAUGCAAAAAUUCAUGGAUGUUACGACAAUCAGUUCUGUGCACAACAACGAAUGUGUAGCGGAAAACUUGUAAAUUGUGAAUUUAUUGAUUCUGAUAUGUGGGUCUGUCCUUCGAAAGACAGUUCAAGACGAUAUGACUAUAUAGAAUAUGAAAAUGGCAAAGUAUUUGGACAAAAACAGACUUGCCAAAAGUCUGUCACUAAAGUUGAUAGCUGGUGGCGUUGGCUAUUUUGGCAUUGCAGUUAUUGUUUUUGCUAUUGCGACGAUCACAACUCUAGCUCAGAUCGAUAUUUUAAUCUACGUCCAGUUAUUGCGGAUAUUAACAAUAACAAAGUAAUAACAGGAAUCAAAUUAACCAAAUCUAACAAAAUAAUACAUAUACAAAUUCAAGAAGGAGAACUACUUCCACGAGGAGCUAUAAAUUCAAAGACUGUUGCAUGGAAGCCAGUAGAUAAUUAUACUGUUUACGAUUCUAAUGUUGAUAACGGAGUCGAUUAUCAUACUAUAGUGUGGGAAAAACGAGCGAUCGAUUUAGACGAUUUAAAAUCUCCUGAAAACCAUCUUUUAACAGGUAUUAAAUUACGUAUGAUUGGUACCCGGUUAAAUUUGGAAAUAAUGGUAACUCCAUUUAACUUCACAACUGGCAAAUUAAUACAACCAUCAGAAAAAAGUUAUUGGAUAAGUAAUGAUAAUACUGACAGGAAAGAAUUAAAACUUAAGAAUGCAGAUAUUCCAAUUCGAUCAGAGUUACAACAUGUCUCUGAUUCAGGAGAAAAUCAGUAUCUAAACUUCGGUCCUAGUGAUCGCGAGAAAGAUGCUGCACAGAGUACUAUACCAUUUUUAGAUAUUCAACCAGUAGAACCAAUACCAGCAGUACCUAUAGCAGGCGCUGGGAUUUUUCAUAAGGGUAGACCAGGUUCUGGAGGAUUUCUUACUUUAAAAUUGAUAACGUAUAAUUUUGCUCCACAUCUACAUACUGAUUUGCCACCAUCACCACCAGUUAUUGAAAAAUAUAAUGAAAUAACUGCAGUAUAAACUUUAGUAAUAUUCAAAUGAUUUAUAUUAAAAUUUUACUAAAUAAUUAAUGUUAUUCCAGAUUAAUCGUAAGUGUAAUUUAAUGCCAGUGUUAUUUUUCUUUCAUAGUAUCAGUUCGUAUAAAUAGAAUUUUAUAUGAAUUUAAUUGCAAUAAUAAUUAAAAUAAAUUAAUUUACUUGCAAAUUAACGAAGUAGUGUAUUAAAUAAAAUCAUU